AUGUCUCACGCGGUCAGCCCGACCAGCACCGGCAGGAGUUCGACGUCGGACAGCUUUUUCAACCUGGGAUACACCCGAACCAUCCCGGGACUGCUCAAAAUGGCCCAAAUGGUGGCGCUGCUGAUCACCUUCCUGUGCGUGCACUGCGUGCGGGGCUGGCCCAGUUGGGCCGCCUUCCAGUUCUUUGAGGUGGUGGCCUUGUGGUUCCUGGUGGUGCUCCUGAUAUUCUUCCUCAUGCACUUGUGCCGCCUACAGGGCAAGAUGCCUUGCAUCAAUUGGCCGCUCACUGAAUUCUUCCACUACUCGGUGGGUACGGUGCUGAUCUGCAUCGCCUCCAUUGUGGCGGCGGUGAAGAGCGGGGGCGUGUCCGCCCUGGUGGCGGCGUCUGUGUUCGGUUUCAUCACGACCUUCCUGAUGGCAGUCAGCUUGUGGACAUCUUACAGUGUCUCCUGUGGACCGCACCACACCGGCGCAGCUGUGUAA